CAGGAGGGUGCACUGUUGUUGAACAAGAAGAAUCCAGUCAGUCCUGUUGAUAAACUCUUGCAAACUGACACUUCCUCACAAUGUGCAUGAGACUCAUUUUCAGCCAACUGCUCAUCUUGUUAAGCUAACUGCCGAUGUUCUCAGUGGGAGGUGGAUUCUGAAUACCGUGUUAACUUUUGCUCAGCAGGGGAGGAAGCAGCUGUAACUGUUUACAGCAAGAAUUUGUCAAGGGCCAUUGCCAGGUAUAAAUUUCUAAAAGUUAUCUGAAUUCUAAAACACUAUGUUGAAGCAGGGAGGCAAGAAGGAGGGUGAUACCAUGAAUCUCAUCACACCCGAUGAGCUGAAGUUUGAGAAUUACGGUAGUUUGGACAAUGACUAUGAUGAUGAGGACGAUGCUGAAGAUGAAACCUUUGUGGAAUUGCAGGAGGUCGACAUUGAACAUAAAGUAACUACAUCAAGUGUAAAGGAAGAAGAGAAAAUUAACUUUUUCCAUGAUGGGAAGACCAGAGUUGAUUUUGUCCUUGUUUGGGAAGAGGAAUUACCAAAGCAGUAUGAAAAACCAAGAGCUGAAACUACGAGAAGCAGCAGUAAAAAGGCCUGGGAGUCAAAAUUUACAAAACAGAAGGAGCAGAUCACAAAAUGGAGAAAGAAGUUUGUGAAGAACCUUGAGAAGAGUGGCCUGGUCAUGGAAACGUUCGAGAGGCAGAGUGAGCACAGUGUGACCCACUACAUCUUGCUGAAUGCUCCAUGGGAAGUGCUGUGCUAUCAUGCAGAGAAUUUAUGCCUGCGCAUUCCAUUGCAGUUAUCAGAAAAUUGUAGCUCCAAUUGGUCACAGGAACUCCUAUCAAAGCUGAACAUCUACAAUAUCAUGUACCAAGAUGUUCCUAACACUCCACCAGAAUAUUACACCUGCCAGUUUAGACUCUCCAAAUUGGAAAGGUACUUAAAUAGAAACAAUCAAGAAGACUUCUUCUCUAACACACAAAGACAUGAAAUAGUUUAUCAGAUAUUAGAAAAGACUGUUUAUGGAGUUCAGCGGAAGUCCCAGGUUGGUAUUGAAAACCUCCUAAGUGAACAAGUGUUUUCAGCUGCAUUCCCCCUUCAUGAUGGUCCAUAUGAAUCCCCAACGAAGGACCUAUGUCCUGAGAACCUCAGCAACCGCCAGAUACUGUACAAAUACUGGGCUUGUUGGAGCAAGUGGUGCAAAUACCAGCUGCUGGACCACAUCCGCAAAUACUUCGGAGAGAAGAUUGCCUUUUACUUUGCAUGGAUUGGGUUUUACACAGGGUGGCUGUUGCCGGCAGCAGUUGUUGGAACCCUUGUUCUCCUUGCUGGGUUCUUCAUGUUGAUAGACGACAUUCCCUCAAAAGAAAUCUGUGAAGAAGGAUCCAACUAUACCAUGUGUCCACUCUGUAAGUUCUGCACAUCCUGGAAGCUCUCCAGCAUCUGCACGACCUUUAAGCUGGGUCAACUCUUUGACAACGGGGGCACAGUAUUCUUCAGUAUCUUCAUGUCACUAUGGGCAGUAAUGUUCCUCGAGUACUGGAAGAGGAAAAGUGCAGUUCUGGCCUAUAAAUGGGAAUGUUUCGACUUCGAGGAAACUGAGGAACGCCCGAGGCCUGAGUUUACAGUCUUGGCUCCCAUGACUGUAAAGAAUCCAAUAACAGGGAAAGAGGAACCCUACUUUCCAAAGGGAAACCAGCUCAGACGUAUCUUCACAAGCUCUAUGUUGAUUCUGCUCCUGAUUAUAGUGGUGCUGAUCUUCUUGGUUUCCAUCAUUGUCUACCGGACUAUCAUUAGUAUUCUGAUGUACGAGUCUGGAAACACCAUCAUCAUGGCAACAGCCUCAAGGAUUGCAAGUAUAACUGGAUCAAUCAUCAACCUGCUUGUCAUUCUCCUCUUAGCUCGAGUAUAUACACAGCUAGCUCAUUACUUAACCAAAUGGGAAAUGCAUAGGACUCAGAGCAAGUACGAAGAUGCCUUUGUCUUCAAGGUGUUUGUUUUUCAGUUUGUCAAUUUCUACUCCUCGCCCAUCUACAUUGCUUUCUUCAAGGGCCGGUUUGUUGGUUAUCCUGGAAACUAUGAAUCACUGUUUGGAAUCAGGAAUGAAGCAUGUGGAGCUGGUGGCUGUCUGAUUGAAUUGGCUCAGGAAUUACUUAUUAUCAUGGUUGGAAAGCAACUCAUUAAUAACAUUCAGGAGUUUGUUAUCCCGAAGUUGAAACGUUGGUGGCAGAAGCAGAAAUUGAAGAGCAUGGUCAACAAUGAGGCCACUCCGGUGCCUCAGCCCUGGGAGAGGGACUAUGAGUUGCUGGAAUGUGAAGGACUCUUUGAUGAGUAUCUUGAGAUGGUGCUUCAGUUUGGGUUCAUCACCAUCUUCGUGGCUGCCUGCCCACUGGCCCCUUUAUUUGCCCUUCUCAAUAACUGGAUAGAAAUCCGCCUGGAUGCCAACAAGUUUGUUUGCGAGUACCGACGGCCGGUUGUGAAGAAAGCGCAAGGGAUUGGAAUCUGGUUUGACAUCCUGGAGGCCAUCACCAAGAUAGCUGUGAUAAGUAAUGCCUUCCUGAUAGCAUUCACAUCAGAUUUUUUGCCUCGUCUCUUCUAUCGUUACACUUAUCAGAUUGAUCUAACUGGUUACGUUAACUUCACCUUGGCAUACUCACCUCCCAACUUCAUCCUUCAGAACCAUACCAUGUGCAGGUACAGAGAGUUCAGGGAUACCAAUGGCCACCUGACCCUGACAUAUUGGAACCUGAUGGCUGUUCGUUUUGGCUUUGUAAUUGUGUUUGAGCACGUGGUGUUCUUCAUUGCACGAAUGAUCGAUUUGCUAGUCCCAGAUGUGCCUGAGUCGGUAGAAAUAAAGAUGAAGCGGGAACAGUACAUGGCAAAGCAAGCCCUGGCUGACAACCAGACUCUCAUGAAACACGUGGAAAGUCCAGCUGGAUUUUGCAAGCCAAGCCCACAAGAGAGUGGAAUUGACACAAACCUACACGAUUUGCCUCCUAUCCCAGAGGAUAAACAGCUUUAGUCCCCAAAUCUCUUCUUCAUCCAAUUCGAAGGCAAAUCACUGUGGAUUUUAGAAUUCUAAAAUAAAACCAAAGGAUAAUGCAAUAGUCAACUGGUCAUGUGGCAUCUGUGGAGAGAGACAAAAGAGUUAAGGACUUCAUGAUCAUCUUCAGAACCGGAAUGAAGUUUUAAGGUGCAGAAAAUGGAAGAUGAGGAAUGUGGGGGUGGAAGACUGGAGCGAUUAAAAGAUAAAAGUUGACACAGUGAAGUAACGGUGACACUGCUUUAUAAGAGUAUAUGUGAUUGGGCCCCAGGCCUGGGGAGAGGUGGGGGAAAUGAGUUUUAAAAAAAGGAGCCUUUUCAUGUUUCAUUGGAGGGAUUGUAUGGUCAGUGGCUCAAUAGGGGUUAAAGAAGAACAGGUGAAUGUCCAAUAGGACUUUCCUCUAUGGAAUACUGAUGUGGAGGGAGGAGAGAUGAUGCUUGGAAGUAGGAUCAUAGAGGAGGUACAGGAAAGGGCAGAGGAAGAUGAAGGUUUUGUGUUUUUAUUAUGGUGGGGUGAAAUGUGGCCAGUAUUGGACACUGGGGUUGAUAACAAUAGACACUAGGUGCUGGAGUAGGCCAUUCGGCCCUUCUAGUCAGCACUGCCAUUCAUUGUGAUCAUGGCUGAUCAUACAUAAUCAGUACCCCGUUCCUGCCCUCUCCCCAUAUCCCUUGACCCCGCUAUCUAUAAGAGCUCUAUCUAACUCUCUCUUGAAAGCAUCCAGAGACUUGGCCUCCACUGCCUUCUGGGGCAGAGCAUUCCACAUAUCCACCACUCUGGGUGAAAAAGUUUUUCCGCAUCUCUGUUCUAAAUGGCCUACCCCUUAUUCUUAAACUGUGGCCUCUCGUUCUGGACUCACCCAUCAGCAGGAACAUGCUUCCUGCCUCCAGCGUGUCCAAUCCCUUAAUAAUCUUAUAUGUUUCAAUCAGAUCCCCUCUCAUCCUUCUAAAUUCCACCUCCCGCAUGAACAUGAAUAGUUUCCGUUGGAGACAACCCCACUUUGAAGUUGUUAAGAUGUCACUGUAUAUUCAGAGCUCAAUUAUUUAUUUUAAAUAUUUUAAUGGAAUUAUUGGAAGAAUCAAUUUGAAACUUUGCUCAGAAUAAGCUCCUGGAUAAUGAGACAGUUACAUAAUGAAGCCAUCAUCAAGUCUGCUCCGCUAUUUCAUCAUGGCUGAUCUCUUUCCCUCUCAGGCCCAAUCUCCUGCCUUCCUCCCCAUAUCCCUUCAUGCCCCGACUAGUCAAGAAUCUAUCAAUCAUGCUUUAAAGAUGCCCAAUGUCUUGGCCUCCAUAGCCACUUGUUGCGACGUAUUUCACAGAUUCUCCACUCUCUGGCUAAAGAAAUUCCUCCUUAUCUCCACUCCAAAAGGACAUCCCUCAAUUCUGAGGCUGUGCCCUCUGGUCUUAGACUCCCCUACCAAAGGAAAUAUCCUCUCCACAUCCACUCUGUUAUGCCAUUUCAACAUUGGAUAGGUUUUAAUGAGAUCCACACUUCAUUCUUCUGAAUUCUGGUGAGUAGUAGAGGCCCAGAGCCAUCAAAUAAAUACUCCUCAUAUGAUAAGCUUUUCAAUCCUGGAAUCAUUUUCAUGAACUUCCUUUGAACCCUCUCCAGUUUCAGCACAUCCUUUCCUAGAUAAGGGGCCAAAACUGUUCACCAAGUGAACAGGACCACAAAGGUAGUAAUCUCGGGGUUACUGCCUGUGCCAUGUGACAGUGAGUAUAGGAAUAGAGUGAGGUAGAGGAUAAAUGCAUAGCUGACGGAUUGAAGCAGGGGGCAGGGAUUCCGAUUUCUGGAUCAUUAGGACCACUUUUGGGGCAGGUGUGACCUGUACAAAAAGGACAGGUUGCACGUGAAUCCCAGGGGACCAAUAUCCUGGUGUGGAGGUUUGCUUAGGGUAUUGGGGGGAGUUUAAACUAGGAUUGCUGGGGGUUGGGAACCAAACUAAAGAGACAGAGAAAGAGGCAGUUGGCUCACAAUUAGAGAAAGCUUGGAGACAGUGCGAGAGGGAGGAUAGGCAGGUGAUAGAGAAGGGACGCGCUCAGACCAAUGGUUUCAGAUGUGUCCAUUUUAAUGAAAGGAGUAUUAUAGAAACAUAGAAAACCUACAGCACAAUACAGGCCCUUCGGCCCACAAAGUUGUGCUGAUCACAUUCCUACCUUAGAAAUUACUAGGCUUACUUAUAGCCCUCUAUUUUUCUAAGCUCCAUGUACCUACCUAAAAGCCUCUUAAAAGACCCGAUCGUAUCCACCUCCACCAUCAUUGCCAGCAGCCCAUUCCACACACUCACCACUCUCUGAGUAAAAAACUUACUCCUGACAUCUCCUCUGUACCUACUCUCCAGCACCUUAAACUUGUGUCCUCUUGUGGCAACCAUUUCAGCCCUGGGGAAAAAGCCUCUGACUAUCCACACGAUCAAUGCCUCUCAUUAUCUUGUACACCUCUAUCAGGUCACCUCUUAUCCUCCUUCGCUCCAAGGAGAAAAGGCCGAAUUCACUCAACCAAUUCUCAUAAGGCAUGUUCCCCAAUCCAGGCAACAUCCUUGUAAAUCUCCUCUGCACCCUUUCUAUGGCUUCCACAUCCUUCCUGUAGUGAGGCGACCAGAACUGAGCACAGUACUCCAAGUGGGGACUGACCAGGGCAAUAUAUAGCUGCAAAACUACCUCUCUGCUGUUAAAUUCAAUUCCACGAUAGAUGAAGGCCUUCUUUCCAUACACCUCCUUAACCACAGAGUCAACCAGCAUAGCUGCUUUGAGUGUCCUAUGGACUCAGACCCCAAGAUCCCGCUGAUUCUCCGCACUGCCUAGAGUCUUACCAUUAAAACUAUAUUCUGCCAUCAUGUUUGACCUACCAAAAUGAACCACUUCACACUUAUCUGGGUUGAACUCCAUCUGCCACUUCUCAGCCCGGUUUUGCAUCCUAUCAAUGUCCCGCUGUAACCCCUGUCAGCCCUCCACACUAUCCACAACACAUCCAACCUUCGUGUCAUCAAACUUAUUAACCCAUCCCUUUACUUCCUCAUUCAGGCCAUUUAUAAAAAUCACAAGGAGUAAGGGUCCCAGAACAGAUCCCUGAGGCAUUCCACUGGUGACCGACCUCCAUGCAGAAUAUGACCCACCUACAACCACUCUUUGUCUUCUGUGGGCAAGCCAGUUCUGGACCAACAAAACAAUAUCCCCUUGGAUCCCAAGCCUCCUUACUUUCUCAAUAAGCCUUGCAUGGGGUACCUUAUCAAAUGCCUUGCUAAAAUCCAUAUACACUACAUCUACUGCUCUUCCUUCAUCAAUGUGUUUAGUCACAUCCUCAAAAAAUUCUAUCAGGCUCAUAAGGCACGACGUGCCCUUGACAAUACCUCUCCAAAUGUUCAUAAAUCCUGCCUCUCAGGAUCUUCUCCAUCAGCUUACCAACCACUGAAGUAAGACUUUCUACUCUCUUUCUUGAAUAUAGGAACAACAUCUUCAACCCUCCAAUUCUCAGGAACCUCUCCCAUCCCCAUUGAUGAUGCAAAGAUCAUUGCCAGAGGCUCAGCAAUCUCCUACCUCGCCUCCCACAGUAGCCUGGGGUAUAUUUUGUCUGGUCCCGGCGACUUACCCAACUUGAUGCUUUCCAAAAGCUCCAGCACAUCCUCUUUCUUAAUAUCUACAUGCUCAAGCUUUUCAGUCUGCUGCAAGUCAUCACUACAAUCACUAAGAUCCUUUUCCAUAGUGAAUACUGAAGUAUUCAUUAAGUACCUCUGCUAUUUCCUCCGGUUCCAUAUGCACUUUUCCACUGUCACAUUUGAUAGGUCCUAUUCUUUCACGUCUUAUCCACUUGCGCUUCACAUACUUGUAAAAUGCUUUGGGGUUUUCCUUAAUUCCUUCAAAGCCUUCUCAUGGCCCCUUCUGGCCCUCCUAAUUUCCUUCUCAAGCUUCUUCCGAGUAUAACCAUAUAACAAUUACAUCUCGGCCCUUCUAGUCUGUGCCGAACACUUACUCUCACCUUGUCCCACCUACCCACACUCAGCCCAUAACCCUCCAUUCCUUUCCUGUCCAUAUACCUAUCCAAUUUUUUUUUUAAAUGACAAAAUCGAACCUGCCUCUACCACUUCUACUGGAAGCUCGUUCCACGCAGCUACCACACAAUAUCUCCAUGACGUCCACCUUUUCUGCAGCCGUGACACUAUCUCUGAUCAAUAAUGCCACGCCCCCACCUUUUUUGCCUCCUUUCUGAACCAUCUAAAACCCGGCACUUGAAGUAACCAUUCCUGUCCCUGAGCCAUCCAAGUCUCUGUAAUGGCCACCACAUCAUAUUUCCAAGUACUGAUCUAUGCUGUAAGCUCAUCCACUUUGCAUUAAAAUAGACAUAUCUCAAGCCUUCAGUCUGAGGAAGGUUUCUUGAUACAAUACAUAGAUAAGCUUACAAGUGGAGAGGCUGUACUUGAUCUGAUAUUGGGAAAUGAACCUGGUUAGGUGUCAGAUCUCUCAGUUGGAGAGCAUUUUGGAGAUAGUGAUCACAAUGCUAUCUCCUUUACCAUAGCAUUGGAGAGAGAUAGGAACAGACAAGUUAGGAAAGUGUUUAAUUGGAGUAAGGGGAAAUAUGAGGCUAUUAGGCAGGAACUUGGAAACAUAAAUUGGGAAUGUAUGUUCUCAGGGAAAUGUACAGCAGACAUGUAGCAAAUGUUCAGGGGAUAUUUGCAUGGAGUUCUACAUAGGUACGUUCCAAUGGGACAGGGAAAGGAUGGUAGGGUACAGGAACCAUGGUGUACAAAGGCUUUUGUAAAUCUAGUCAAGAAGAAAAGAAGAGCUUAUGAAAGGCUCAAAAAAUUAGGUAAUAAUAGAGAUCUAGAAAAUUAUAAGGCUUGCAGGAAGGAGCUUAAGAAAAAAAUCAAGAGAGCCAGAAGGCGCCAUGAGAAGGCCUUGGUGGACAGGAUUAAGGAAAACCCCAAGGCAUACUACAAACAUGUGAAGAGCAAGAGGAUAAGACAUAAGACAAUGGGACCAACCAAGUGUGGCAAUGGAAAGAUGUGUAUGGAACCAGAGGAGAUAGUAUUGGUUUUCAGAUGAGUACUUUGCUUCAGUAUUCACUACAGAAAAGGAACUUGGCGAUUGUAGGAAUGACUUACAACAUACUGAAAAGCUUCAGCAUAUAGAUAUUAAGAAAGAGGAUGUGCUGGAGCUUUUGGAAAGCGACAAGUUGGAUAAGUCACGGGGAUUGGACAGGAUGUUCCCCAGGCUACUGUGGGAGGUGAGGGAGGAGAUCGCUGGGCCUCUGGCGAUGAUUUUUGCAUCAUCAAUGAGGAUGGGAGAGGUUUCUGAGGAUUGGAGGGUUGCCGAUGUUGUUCCAUUAUUCAAGAAAGGGAGUAGAGAUAGCCCAGGAAAUUAUAGCCCAAUCAGUCUUACCUCAGUGGUUGGUAAGUUGAUGGAGAAGAUCCUGAGAGGCAGGAUUUAUGAACAUUUGGAGAGGCAUAAUAUGAUUAGGAGUAGUCAGCAUGGCUUUGUGAAAGGCAGGUCAUGCCUUACGAGCCUGAUUGAAUUUUUUUGAGGGAUCUGUUCUAGGACCACUACUCUUCGUGAUUUUUAUAAAUGACCUGGAUGAGGAAGUGGAGGGAUGGGUUAGUAAAUUUUCUGAUGACACAAAGGUUGGGGGUGUUGUGGAUAGUGUGGAGGGUUGUCAGAUUACAGCAGGACAUUGAUAGGAUGCAAAACUGGGCUGAGAAGUGGCAGAUGGAGUUCAACCCAGAUAAGUGAGGUGGUUCAUUUGGUAGGUCAAAUAUGAUGGCAGAAUAUUGUAUUAAUGGCAAGACCCUUGGCAGUGUGGAGGAUCAGAGGAAUUUUGGGGUCCGAGUCCAUAGGACACUCAAAGCUGCUACACUGGUUGACUCUGGUUAAGGCCGCAUGUGGUGCAUUGGCCUCCAUCAAUUAUGGGAUUGAGUUUGAGAGCUGAGAGGUAAUGUUGCAGCUAUAUAGGACCCUGGUCAGAUCCCACUUCAGUUCUGGUUGACUCAAUAUAAGAAGGAUGUGAAACCCAUUGAAAGGGUGCAGAGGAGAUUUAUAAGGAUGAUGCCUGGAUUGGGGAGCAUGUCUUAUGAGAGUAGGUGGAGUGAACUCAGCCUUUUCUCCUUGGAGCAACGGAGGAUGAGAGGUGACCUGAUAGAGGUGUAUAAGAUGAUGAGAGGCAUUGAUCAUGUGGAUAGCUAGAGGAUUCUUCCCAGGGCUGAAAUGGCGAGCAUGAGAGGGCACAGUUUUAAGGUGCUUCGAAGUAGGUACAGAGGAGAUGUCAUUGGUAAGAUGUUUUUUAAAAAACGCAGAGAGUGGUGAGUGCGUGGAAUGGGCUGCCGGUGACGGUGGUGGAGGCAGAUACAAUAGGGUCUUUUAAGAGACUCCUGGAUAGGUACAUGGAGCUCAAAAAAAUAGAGGGCUAUGGGUAGCCCUAGAUAAUUUCUAAGGUAAGGACAUGUUCGGCAGAGCUCUGUGGGACGAAGGGCCUGUAUUGUGCUGUAGGUUUACAUUUUGUAAAUGAGCCUCACUUGUGCCUUAUAAAGUCUCAAUAUUACAUCCCUGCUUUUAUAAUCUAGUCCUCUCGAAAUUAAUGUUAACAUUGUAUUUACCUUCCUCACCACUGACUUAACCUGCAAAUUAACCUUCAGCAUAAUCUAUACGUGGACUCCCUUUUCCCUUUUCAUGGCAGAUUUUUGAAUUUUCUCUUCAUUUAGGAAAUAGUCAAUGUUUUUAUUUCUUCUACAAAAGUGCAUGACCAAACACUUCCCGACACUGUAUUCCAUCUGGCACUUCUUUACUCAUUCUCCUGAUUUGUCCAAUUCUCUCUGCUUCCUCAGAACAACUUGCCCCUCCACCUGUCUUCAUAUCAUCUACCAAUAUGGCCACAAAACCAUCUAUUUUAUCAUCUAAAUCAUUGACGUAUAAUGUAAAAAGAAGUGGUCGCAACAGAGACCCCUGUGGAACACCACUAGUCACCUGCAGCCAAUCCGACAAGGCUCUCUUUAUUCCAACACUUUGCCACCUGCUAAUCAGCUGAUGCUCUACCCAUGCCAGCGUUUUCCUGUAUUUUCCUGCUCAUAGCUUGUCUAAUGCAUUCUGAAAGUCCAGCUGCACAUCAACCAAUUCUUCUUUGUCUAUCCUGCUUGUUAUUUCUUCAAGAAAUUCCAACAGAUUUGUCAGGCAUGAUUUUCCUUUGAGAAAACUAAGCGGACUUAUUUUAUUUUAUCAUGUUCCUCCAAAUACCCCAAAGCCACAUCCUUGACAAAUCAACUCCAACAGCUUCUCUACCAUUGGGGUCAGACCAACUAUAAUUUCCUUUCUUUCACCUCUCUCCUUUCUUAAAGAGUGCAGUGACAUUUGCAACUUUCCAGUCCUCCAGAACCAUGCCAGAAUCCACUGAUUCUUAAAAGAUCAUUAUGAAUGCCUCCACAAUCUCUUCAGCCACCUCCAUCAGAAGCCUAGUGUAUAGACCAUCUGAUUCAGGUGAUUUAUCUAUCUUCAGACCUUUGUUUCCCAAACACAUUCUACCUGGUAAUGGCAAAUUCACACACUUAUACCCCCCCGACACUUUCAAACUUCCAGCAUAUUGCUAGUCUUCCACAGAUGCAAAAUACUUAUUCAGUUUGUCCACCAUUUCCUUGUCCCCCUUUCCUACCCCUCCAGCAUUUUUCCAGCAGUCUGAUUAUCUAAUGUCACCUCUUUUACUCUUUAUGUAUCUGAAGAAACUUUUUGUAUCUCCUUUAAUAUCAUUGGCCAACUUACCCUGGUAUUCCUUCUCUUCCGUCUUUAUAAUUAAGUUGCCUUCUGUUGGUUUUUAAAAGUUUCCAAAUCCUCUAACUUCCCACUAACUUUUGCUCUAUAAUAUGCCACUUUGCUUUUAUGUUAACUUUGACUUCAUGAGUCAGUGUUGCAAUACUGUUUAGAAUACUUCAACUUCUUUGGGAUGUAACUAUCUUGCACUUUCAGAAUUGCUUCCAGAAAUUCCAGCCAUUGCUGCACUGCCAUCAUCCCUGCUGGUGUUCCCUUCUGAUCAAUUUUUGCUAGCUCUUCUUUCAUGCCUCUGUAGUUCCUUUACUCUACUGUAAUACUGAUUGAGCUUCUCCUCAAAUUGCAUAUGAUCACUGGCCUCCAAGGGUUCCUUUAACUUAAGCUCUCAAAUCAAUUCCAGUUCAUUGCACAAAAUCCAAUCCAGAAUAGCUGAUCCCCUAGUGGACCCCCAUCAGGUUCUUUUCACCCUUAAAGUUUCUUAGCCCUACCCACAAUGAUUCUACACCUUCUAAUCCCAUGUCACCUGAAUAAUGGAGCGAAUGCCACCACAGGUCCCAUCGUGGAGGUCUGAAAGUCAACUAUUGAAUACCUGUCAUCCCCACUUGCCCAGCUACUGUUCAUCAUUUGAUCAAACUCAAUUUUCAGAAAAUCUUUCUUGGAAGCUACAAUCUGCAGAGGUAUGAGCUGAUACUUCACCGUUCUGUAGAAGCCUGCAACACCAGUAAUGGAGAGCUGGAUUGUAAAAUGGACUUACAUACAACUGGAACACCUAGGGAGAGUGAAGUGUGCAUAACAGACAAGCAAUGAUCUGACCCAGAACAAAUCAUGACAUUCCUCUUACCAAUCAACUUUCUUUAGCCCAAGGCAUAAAACAAAAAUUGUGAAAAAUUCUGUCUUUAAUAUCUAAUUUUGACGUUUUUCAGCAAUAGAUUUUCAUUGUAAUAGAAUGCAGAUGCAAAACAUAGCUGCAAACAGAUUUUGCUACCUGGUGCUAUUAAUAAAUAGCUUUUGUGUUACAAGAAAAGAACGCUUAUUUAGUUAUUAAUUAGUGGAUGUAUUUAUUCAUUUCAUGAACUAUCCAAGUAAAGAGCUGCUGAUUUGUGGAGCCAGAGUAGGAACUGUAGCACCAGCCCACAUUUCAUCAGCAGGUAUAGUUCAGGCUCUGGAUUGCCCAGGAGCUAUAACCUUCAUUAACCAAAAACUAAAACUGUUAUUCUUGUGCUAUGACUGAAAGGCACAGAUGAAAUGUUAUUCAUUAUGAUUCAAGAAAUCUCAAGUGUUUAUUUACAAUUAAAUUCCAAUAAAGUUAGGACUUCAGUAGAGCUGCAGUGGUAGACUCUUCAAGAUAUUGAAUGUUAUUCUAUUGAUGCCCACCACGCACACACACACACUGCAUUCAACUUUUCUUUAAAUGUUCUGCAGUGGAAUAAUUUUCUUUUUUGUACCAGGGAACCAAGAAGACAGAGGAUAAGGUGGAAACCAGGGCUCGAGUGGGUGUAGCACUGCAGAAACAGCUGUAUGUCAAACCACAAGGAUUAGAUUGCAAGUUAACAGGUUGGGGGAGUCGUUGGGGUCAAGGGAGAAAGGUGAAAUGUUUAAGAGGAACAUACGGGGGAAACUUCAUCACUCAGAGGGUGGUGAGUGUUGAACAAGCUGCCAGAAGAAGUGGUAGAUGUGGUUCAAUUUCAAUAUUUAAGAGAAAUUUGGAUAGGUACAUAGUUGGCAGGGAUAUGGUGGAAUAUGGUCUAGGUGCAGGUUCAUAGGACAGCAGAAUAAUAGGUCAGCAUGGAUAUUUGGGCUAAAGAGCCCAUUUCUUCACUGUAGUACUCUGAAAACCUAACAGUGCUCCAUUCUGGGCACUAUAGAGGGCAGAGAUUUACCCGAAUGCUGCCUGGACUCGAGAGCAUGUCCUAUGGGGAUAAGACGAAUAAGCUAGGGGUUUUCUCUUUCAAGGAAGAUGAUAGUUGAUUUGAUAGAGGUAUACACGAGGUAUUGGUCAAGUGGAUAGUCCGACUUCCCCAGGGCAGAAAAUAGCUAAAACCAGGGGGCAUAAUUGUAAAGUAAUUUGGAUUCAAAGCCAGAGCUAGGAUUCCACCCCCCACACAAACAGAGUGGCGAGUGCCCUGCCCGGUGGGGUGGAAGAGAAAAGAGGAGAGGGUGGUAGUAGAUUAUAUCAGGGCAUUUAAGAAACUUAGAUGGGUACAUGGAAGGAUGGAGGGCUACGUAGGAGAGGUUAGAUUGUUAGGCCAGCACGACGUUGCCAGCCAAACACUACUGUGCUGCAAUAUUCUGUGUUCUAUGCACAGACAACAUGGUUUCUGUGAAACCAUAUUCUACAUUGCCUCCCAAUUCCUACAGAUGUGUGAAUUAGCAGGUUAAUGGCCACUGUGAACAUUGGUGAGCGGUAGGAUGCUGAUGAGAAUGGAUUAGUUACCUGGUUGGUUGGUGGUUUACACUGACUUGGUAGGAUAAAACAGAGGCCAUUUUCAAGCGAUAUAGAAGUCCAUGAUUUUAACUAAUGACUUCUGUUUGAAAACCUGUCCAAACUUAUUGGACUGUCAAUGCUUGGUCUGCUUAAAUUUCCUGCUGCGGAGGUGAGAGUGUUUUAUCCAUCCACAGAUAUUUAAAACUAUGAUCAGAAUUGGACAUCAUAGGCAAGUUUUCAUGUCCUAACAGGAUAAACUGCAGAAAUUUACAAUUGCUGUCCCACCUAAUUAAAGUGCCAUGAAUAUCUGACUGCAAGAUACUACCAGUGAAUGGGCUCAACAGGAGCACGCCUUAAAUGUACCUUUGUAUUUUCUACAGCCCAUGGUCCUCUCCUCCCACAUCCACUAAACAACCUCCAGGUGUUCCUAAAACUGUCACCUAUCUGCAGCAGAACUAGACCCGACAGACAGUACAAAGAUGCAGUGUGAAAUCUGCCCUUCCAACAACCCCCAAUUUAAUCCUGGCCUAUUCACAAUAACCAAUUAACCUACUAACCUGCAUAUCUUUGGACUGUGGGAGGAAACCGACACGGCCACAGGGAGAAUGUACUCUCUUUACAGGCAGCGGUGGGAAUUGAACCUGGGUCACCUGUGCUGAAAAGCAUUGUGCUAACCACUGUGCUCGAGCGCAAACCUAGAUACGAUUAUCAUUUUCCCUCAACAUAAAAAGACCCCCCAGAUUUUGCUGUGUGCAUGUUUUUUUUAAUCUUUUAUCUUGGAGAAAUAGCCCUGGCCAUGACAGUAUCAGACAUGUACUAAACCUGUUACAGACCAGCACCUCAGCUGAACUAUAUUGUUUCCCAGGCUCUCCUCACCACUCACCUUGUUUUCAAUGAUCAACACACUAACACAAUCCCAACACAUCACAGCUGAUCACUAGUCUCAGCUCCAUCUUACAGCACCUUCCCACAAUCUUUUGAUGUAUUAAAAUCUAUUGUUUAUAUUUAAUGUGUUGGCACAUGGCCAAGUAGUUAAGGCAUUCGUCUAGUUAUCUGAAGGUUGCUGGUUCGAGCCUUGGUUGAGGCUUGCGUGUGUGUCCUUGAGCCAGGCACACAUUGCUCUGCGACGACACCGGUGCCAAGCUGUAUGGGUCCUAAUGCCCUUCCCUUGAACAACAUUGGUGGCGUGGAGAGGGGAGACUUGCAGCUGGGGCAACUGCCGGUCAGGCUUGCGCCCUUCCAAGGUGCAAAUCCAUGGUCUAUCAAGACUAACGGAAUAAUAAAUUCCUAGAGAUUCAUUAUCUGUUCCAAUUGUCUACCCCUAUUCUACACUCAAGUCAGAGAAAACCACAUUCCAGCAAAAAUCACAUCAAGUCCUAUUACUUUCAAUGAGAUCUCCCAUUCCCGAACUCUAGGGAACACAAACCCACUCUCCUCACAAGACAAAACUUGCUAGCUCUGGAGAGAGCCCAGUCAAUCUGCCUGCAAUCCUUCCAAACUUAGGAGGCCAAAUCUCUACAAUACACCAGGUGAGGCAAAACCCAUAGUCACUGAAAAUUGAAAUUUAAAAAAAAAAUCAGAAAAUGCAGAAGAAUUCAGGGCAGGUGGUAUCCGUUGAAUAAAAAAGUUGCAAUUUCUGAUUUAAGACCUUUCAUCAUUUACAAAGGGUAGAAGUCAGGAGGGCCUGCUGAAUCAUUGGUGUUGGCAUCAACCUUGCAUCCCGAUUACAACAUGGCCUGUCUCCCUUCUAGUAACUGGCCUAUUCAAAAGACAUUGGUGGAUAAACAUUGGUCGAUUGCCAAGGCAGAACUUAACUGGAUGAAUGACAGUUCAAAACACAUUUCACAUAUAGGAAGCCUUAGCGUAGACAAACAAAAUACUUCAAAAGUACUAGUUAUUCAAUUUUUUUUAUUUUGGAUUUAUAAAAUUCCAGUGUCAUCCAUAUCUCCUGUACAUUUGCAUAUCUCCAUUCAGAGUUAAGGCCAAUGGGUCUUACAUGGAAACUGCUUGUUCUUUGUAUUGCAUCAACAUGGAAGACUUGAACAAGUGGGAGCAGUGAAAACAGGCCCGUUUCUCAAAUCCUUCAUAUCAACAAGACAGGGAUCAAGAGAGGGGAAGAAAUGGGGCAAUGGAACAUCAAUUGUUUGAACAAAUGGACAAAGCAAAAAUAGACACAGCAGCAAAUGCUUGGACAUAGACUGAAAGUACACCAAAUCCACAUUGUGCUGUCAGGCUGACAGUACUGGCUGAGUUGUAUUCCAGAGAACAUGGCACCAAAUACACAACCUGGCAUUUAAAAUCCCAUGUUUGAAAAGGGGCAGUCUUUACCAUUGUUCUCAGCCUGUGCCAGGGAAUUACACAGAAGCCCUGAGAAGAUUAGCAUGUUUCAAAGGAAAACAACACUUUCCUUUAACCCUAGGUAGUAGAAAUGAAAAAAACAGAUCUACAAAUUUGAAAUCUAACAAGAUUUGCACUUGCACAACUAAGGAAUCUGUAAGCAUAGUCUCACCUUAGGUUCAAUGUGCCAGUAAAGAGAUCUUGACAAAAGACUGGGGGGAGGGUGGGGAAGAGCAGCAAGUUUCUAUACAAAAGGAACCACUAAACUAAUACAUUACUUUCGGUGAUACCAAUUACUGCCUUGCCUCCAGGCAGAAUCAGACAAUGGGCCGCAGCAAAACAGAGGCUGAAUUUUCCUCUCCCAGCAUUAUGACAGGAAUGUUUUACAAACUAGAAAACUUUCAAUUAAAACAACAACCAGGAAAUUAGCACACUCCAAAAGAGGACACUUCCAAAAAUCUACAGAUUUGGAAGCAAUAUUCAGAACCAAAUAGUUAAUCACAAGAGCAACUCCAAGGCAGGAUUUCUCUUGAGGGUGACAUGGUGAACAGUAGCCUGAAAACAGUCUAAUAACAAAACCGGUUCAACUCUCCCGGCUGAAAGUCCUGAUGCAAAAGCCUCCGUCACAGUGAAACUAGAUGCUGGGAGCUGGGAAUCAAUUAUAAUUGAGAGAAAUAUAUUAAAAAAUACGGAUGACCUAAUUUCCAAUACCUUAGUGUUUUAAGUUCUCUUAAACCUCAUUUUAGAUAUCAGCAAGUUCAGUUUCUUAACUGACCCCACAUGAAAACUAUACCCACCCUUGUUCAUGGAACAAGGACCCCAGUCAACAAGUCCAUCUUUAAUGUUGAUGGACAAAUCCCCUAAGCUAUGAAAUAUCCAUUGCACAACCUGUGGUUUUCUCUCCCCUCCCUAACAGCAUACCCAACCAAACUGUGAUUCAGUUUGGUAAACCCUUUUCCAUGGCAGACCAGCCAGUGUUAACCAGACUGCACAAGUUACAAUGAAUAAAACUCCAGCGCAGGUGAUCCACCAACUUGACAGUGUUGGCUUUGAAUCUGUAGUGUUGUGGAAAGGAGUGAGGGAGGAAAUUCCCCGUUUUUGUUAACCAAAUUGGGCCAUCCACACCUGCAUGAGGAAACCAAUUCAACUUUAGAUGCAGCAUCUCUUUUGUGAUAUUGUUGUAUCCAAAUGCAAGUGGCAGACCUGGUCUAUUCUGCUGCGAGAAUGCACAUUUACCUUCCCCAAAGUCUUUUGAAAAAUUAAGCUGACCGGCCCAAAGUCAACAUACGAGCUAUGUAUAAUAUUUACACACAAACACAGAA